AUGAUAUACCUCCCAGACACCAUGACCAACUGGCCCUGGCCUCGUGCCAUCAAUCCUCUCUUCGAAGAUGUGAAAGCUGAAGUCAAUGCUUCAUUCCGUGACUUCAAGGCCUUGAGUCCUGAGUCACAGGAUGCAUUCGACAAAUGUGAUUUUGGUUCCACUGGGGAAAAAAAGAAAUUAUGGAGCGUCGGCUGUGACCUAACCAAUAUUUACUUCAUUGUAGAUGAGUACACCAACAUCGAAAAUGUGGCAGCCACCAAGGAAAUGUUGGACAUCGUGCUCGAUGCUCUACACAAUCCUCACAAGACACGACCAGAAGGCGAAUGCAUCCUCGGUGAAAUAGUACGACAGUAA